ACAAACUCCAACACAACUCUUCUUUAAUUUAGCCACCUUUCUAUUUCAUAUAUAUCUUUCAAUAUGAUACCAACAAUGUCAAAAUGGAUGAGUUUAGUAAGCAUCAUGUUGUUGGUGGGAGUGAGUUUAAGGUUUAGAAGUGUAAAUGGGUUGAAUAUGGGAUAUUACUUGAUGAGUUGUCCGUUUGUUGAUCCUAUUGUCAAGAACACAGUCAACCGAGCUCUUCAAAAUGAUCCCACUCUAGCUGCUUCUCUUAUCCGAAUGCAUUUUCACGAUUGUUUCGUUGAGGGAUGCGAUGGGUCAAUAUUGAUUGAUUCAACAAGAGACAACACAGCAGAAAAGGACUCUCCUGCUAACCUUAGCUUACGAGGCUAUGAGGUUAUUGAUGAGAUUAAAGAGCAACUUGAACGCGAAUGUCCUGGUGUUGUUUCUUGUGCCGACGUUAUCGCUAUGGCAGCCAGAGAUGCAGUCUUUUGGGCAGGGGGUCCAUUUUACGAGAUACCGAAAGGAAGGAAGGACGGAAGCAGAUCGAGAAUCGAAGACACUGUUAACUUACCUUCUCCUUUCUUAAAUGCUUCUCAGCUAAUUAAUACUUUUGCUCAACGUGGCUUUACUCCUCAACAAAUGGUUGCACUUUCCGGAGCACAUACAUUGGGAGUGGCAAGAUGCAUAUCAUUCAAAGGGAGACUUGACGGCAACGACCCUCUUCUAAGUCCAAACUUUGGAAGAGCAUUGUCAAGAACAUGCAGCAAUGGAGACAAUGCGCUACAAACAUUUGAUGCCACACCUGACAGCUUCGACAACGUCUAUUACAAUGCGGUGUCGAGAGGCGCUGGAGUUUUGUUUUCGGACCAGACAUUGUUCGCUAGCCCUCGUACGAGAGGCAUUGUCACAGCCUAUGCCAUGAACCAAGCCCUGUUCUUCUUGGACUUUCAACAAGCCAUCAUAAAAAUGGGGUUACUUGAUGUGAAGGAAGGUUAUAGAGGCCAAGUUCGUCGCAACUGCCGUAGAGUUAAUUAAUUGACCACAUUCAUGCAUAUAAUUAAUAUUUAGAUAAUAUAUAAUUUAAUCUAAGCUAAACCUACUACUAUACUUUAAUAUAUAUAAUAUAAGAAGUUAAUUAAUACAAAUACAACACUAACUCACAUGGCAGCUUUAGACUAUAUUAUAUCAUGUGGGUGUAUGUUAUAAUUAAGGUAAUGGUUUUGUUAUUGUUAAUUAUCUUGUAAUUAAUAUAAUUAAAAUAUGGCUUUCUCAAUGACCCACUGCA